AUGGGACUCGAGUGCAAUUUAAGUCCACAAAAAUUGCAGAAGUAUUUGUCCGUGAAUCAAGGUGGUGGUUCCACUAUUCUUGUUGACAAGCUUGAACCCAGUGCUUGGAAACUUUCAAGCUGUGGAGGACCAAUCAAUCAUCUUUCAACUUCAGAACCUAUGAUAGAUCAACCUUUUGUGGGAAAGUCAAAGGUUAGCAGCAAGGUCUUAGUAAAGAGAACCAUGCAAGAACUUGGUGACAUCGAGAUAUUUCAGAUUGAGACUGAAAUUGAGGAACCACAAGAUGAAAAAACCUUUCGAUAUUCUAUGCUUCAUUUAUAUAAUAAUUGGGACACUUACAUCACUGAAGACGAUUUCAAGUACAUGUCAUCAAAUGGCUUGAAUGCGGUGAGGAUCCUAGUUGGGUGGUGGAUUGCAUAUAAAGGUCAAACACGGACAUCGCCUUUUGUUAGGGGAGCUGGAGACUGUUUAAAAGCCUUGGACAAUGCUUUAACUUGGGCAAAAAACACUGGAAUGAAGGUGAUUAUAGACCUACAUGCUGUUGAAGGUUCCCAAAAUGGCAAUGAUCACAAUGGAACAAGAGAUGGCUCUCAGGAAUGGGAAGAUAAAUACAUAGACAAGACUGUGGAAGUUAUAGAAUUCUUAGCAGCAAGAUUUGCUGGUAACCCAGCUUUUGCAGCAAUUGAGUUGCUGAAUGAGCCUCUAGCACCAUGUGUGACUAUAUACAACCUCAAAAAGUAUUACAAAGUAGGAUAUGAUGUAGUAAGGAAGUACACUUCAAGUGCCUAUGUGAUCCUAUCAAACCGCUUGGGAAGUGCUGAUCCAAAGGAGCUCAUCUCAUUUGCCCGGCAUUACUACAGCUUAUAUUUAGACAAGUUCAACGGCUUCAGUGUGCAACAAAAUAUUAAUUUCAUCUACAACCAACGAGGUUCUGAUCUCACUGCUGUGAUCAAUUUUAAUGGACCCCUCACUUUUGUUGGGGAAUGGAUUGCAGGAUGGGCAAUAAAUGGAGCAUCUAUGCAAGACUACCAGAGAUUUGCCAAAGCACAACUAGAUGUUUACGGCCGUGCUACUGGAUGGGCAUACUGGUCUUAUAAGUGUCAGUACAAUCUCUGGACCCUCAAAUGGAUGAUUGAGAAUAACUACAUAAAACUCAAUUAGUAACUUCUAUAAUCUGGAAUAAUGUUGAUAAAUUCAGCGGCCUUUGGACUCUAUCAAAAUAAAAUGAGGAAAAUAGCAAAGUGCUUUUAUCUCUGAUGCUUAAUGUGGAUUUAAAUGCUAA